UCAUUCUCAUUGUGGCUGGAAAAAUACAAUUUUCACAAAAUAUUUAUUAAAUUUUAAUAAACGUUUGUAAACAAUUUAAAAACAAAAAAUAUGUCUGGUAACGAGUAUGAAGCUUUUGAAAUAACCGACUAUGAUUUAUCAAAUGAAUUCAAUCCAAAUCGACCGCGAAGAAAGCUGACAAAAAAUCAACAAAUUUAUGGAAUAUGGGCGGAUAGUGACAGUGAUGCCGAUAGCGAUGUUGAAUUGAAAGGACGACGCACUGGAAAAACUCGCUCCUCUGGUCCCGUCAAUUUUGUCCAAGGCGGCAUCCAACAAUCCGGCAGUUUCAAGAAAAACGACUCAAACAAUGAUGACGACAAUCAAAUCACCGACGAAGAUGAUGAAGGCCCAUCAAACCGUCGAGCAGUUCAGGGCAAAGAUCCCCAAGAAAGUGUAUCGAAUUCAUCUUCCGAAGAAGACACAGGUCAAUCAACACGCGUGGGUUUCGGAAUGAAACAGCGACAACCGGCUUCGAGUUCGAAGCCUGUUGGAGCAUGGGAACAGCACACAAAAGGAAUCGGAGCUAAAUUGUUGCUUCAAAUGGGUUACAAACCGGGAAUGGGUUUGGGCAAGGAUCUGCAGGGUAUCGCCCAACCUGUUCAAGCGACUCUGCGCAAAGGACGUGGAGCUAUCGGCGCCUAUGGCCCCGAAACUCCACAAACUAUCGGCGAUCCUGGACAAAGCAAACAAAUCGAUGCUGGGGACGAACCCAGGGAAUAUAAAGAAAAGAACGACAAGUGGAAGCGAGGUGAUGGCGAGGGCAAGAAGGAUUCGCGGAAGAAUCGCUACCAAUACCGCAGCGUCGAGGAAGUCAUCGAGAAGGGGAAGAAACAAUCGGGCAUUCUGCCGGACAAGCUGAGUAAGAAACUCGGCAAUGUUCCAGUUAUUGACAUGACAGGUCCAGAGAAACGAGUCCUAAGUGGCUACCAUGCUUUGGGACAGACCAAGAUGAUCGAUGAGGAUCUCUACGAUCAUCAACCCGCGAAGAAGGCAGCCGGAUUCGCCCUGCCCGAGUUGAUGCACAAUCUCAAUUUGAUUGUGAAUCUCUGCGAACAGGAUAUUAUUGCAUUGGACACAGGAGCUAGGGAAGCCAGUGAUAGAUAUCAAUCACUCGAGCAUGAGAAGAAAAAUUUGGAGAAAAUAGUUCGCUUGGAGGAGGAUCAUAUAGGAACUCUGGAAAGAGCCAUGACUUUGGUGGAAGAACUGACCGCAGAGUCAGGAGAUUUGACUCUUGCUAGAGCAGAGAAGAUCUUCAUCGAACUGCAACGGGAUUUCGCUGCUGAAUACAAGGAAUUUGCAUUGGGAGAUCUGGCAGCUGGCAUAAUUGCUCCAUUGGUCAAUAAUGAACUAAAGAAUUGGAAUCCUCUUGAGGAUCCGAUGAAAUUCAUUGACACCAUCAAGAAAUGGCGGACUAUUCUUGACAUGCAUCCGUCAGGACAGAGGAAUAAUGUUUUCGAUCCCUACUCUUCUUUAGUCUGGGCUGGAGUUAUUCCAAGUUUCCGAGCAUCGGUGAAUCAGUGGAAUCCCAAAGAGCACCAAAAAAUGGCAGCUCUGCUUGACUCUUGGGCACCUCUAUUUCCAACUUGGGUGUUGGACAAUGUCCUUGAGCAGUUGAUUUUGCCGCAAUUAGUUGCUGGUGUCAAUGAAUGGGAUCCAUUGACAGAUACAAUUCCAAUUCACAGUUGGAUUCUUCCCUGGAACUCGAUUUUGGGACAUAAAAUGGAGGAGCACAUAUUCCCCACUAUUCGAGACAAGUUGGCAUUUGCUUUGCAGGCUUGGAUUCCACAAGAUAGAUCGGCUCGUGCUAUGAUCACACCUUGGAAGGGUGCUUUUGAAGAAGGCGAGAUGCAGGCGUUUUUGGUGAAGCAUAUUAUUCCGAAGCUGCAGAUGUCUCUGAAUGAUUUGGUUAUAAAUCCAUUGCAACAGGAUUUGGAACUGUGGAAUCAAGUUUGGGAAUGGAAUGAACUAAUACCACCUCUUUUAAUGGGACAGAUGUUGGAUAAAUUCUUCUUCCCCAAAUGGAUGCAAGUUCUUGUACUUUGGCUCAAUCAAUCACCAGAUUUUGAUCAAAUCUCUCGAUGGUACACUGGGUGGAAGUCAGUUCUGGGUGAAGAGUUGUUAAAAUUGCCAAUGAUCAAGGAACAUUUGCGACGUGCAUUGGAAAUGAUGCACAGAGCCACAGAAACAAUGGCCACACCACAGCCAGUGCCAACUCCAGUGGCACCACCACAAUCAACGACUUCAUCUUCAUCAUCGUCGGCAACAGCAAGUUCUGCUUCAAAUAUCAAUCCACCGGCAUUGAUGGAUCUUCAGAUAACGCCUCCUGUACAAAUGGAAUUCAAGGAAUUAGUUUCACAGAAAUGUGCGGAACGCGGGGUGAUUUUUGCUCCAAUGCCAGGGCGAAGGGAAUUUGGCAAACAGGUUUAUCGUGUUGGAAAAUUGUUUUGCUAUAUUGAUCGGAAUGUGGUUAUGUUGAGUGACGGAAGUUUAAAAAAUUGGACUCCAACAUCCCUAGGCCUGACAAUAGAAAGAGCUUUAUCUGGAUAAGGAUAUAGAUUUAUGGACAAUUGCUUGAAUUUAUUUGUAUUUUGUUUAGUUUCAAUAAAAAUAAAAUGUGUAUGUGGCUAA